AAUACGCGCGUCUGCAAGAAGUCUGUGUAACUCGUCGGCUGCGUGGUCGUGCAGGUGUAGUGAUCGCAGAUUGUUUCUAUCGAUAAAGCAUCUAUUUCUGAAUCAACAUGUCAGGAAAGGUCGUGCUGUAUUACUUUGACGGACGAGGGAAAAUGGAGUCCAUAAGGUGGCUGUUGGCUGUUGCUGGUGUUGAGUUCGAAGAGGUGUUUCUGACCACAAGGGAGGAAUAUGAAAAACUGGUGAAUGAUGGAGAUCUACUGUUUCACCAGGUUCCACUGGUUGAAAUGGAUGGAAUGAAGCUGGUACAGUCAAAGGCCAUCAUGAAUUACAUAGCAGGGAAAUAUAACCUCUAUGGAAAGGACCUUAAAGAGAGAGUUAUGAUUGAUAUGUAUGCCGAGGCUGCUCGAGACAUCAUGGACAUGAUGCUGCCACUGCCCUUUGUACCACCAGAGAAAAAACAGAAUCAGCUGGAAAAUUUGCAGGUCAAAGCCAAACUCCGCACUCUUCCGGCUUUUGAAAAGGCUCUCGGUGCUUCUCAGUUCCUCGUGGGUAACCAGCUGAGCUGUGCUGAUGUCAACUUCUUUGAAGCCUCUCUGAUGCUGGAAGAGGUAUUCCCCACAAUACUGUCGUCCUUCCCCAACAUCCAGGCAUUCCAAAAGAGAAUGAAAGCCAUUCCAGCAAUCAGCAAAUUUCUGCAGCCUGGCAGCCAGAGAAAGCCUCGGUCUGAUGGAGUCUAUGUAAAAACUGUAAUGGAUGUAUUGAGCCAUUUGUUCAAGUAGGAAUCUGUUGAGAACAUUCACAAAUCAGUAAAACACUUAGAUGUCUAAUUGUGCCUUAUGUAGAAGGGGGGAUUGUUUAUAGCUACAGAAAUGAUUAUGUAAAAGUUUGGUGCUACAGGCAUUUCUGAGUUUUAUCUGCAAGUGUCAGUCAUACAGAAGCCCUGGUGACCUAUAGUGCUUUGGGCUUUGUUAUUACAUUGACACAAACUGUGAAUACAAUACAUAUACUGUGAGUAUAUUUGUAGACAAAUAGGUAGGCAAGGCAGCCAGUAGGGAAAGAUUGACUGUGCAAUCACAGUGUUUAUUACAUUGACAUGUGCCACUAUUGUCUGUACUGUCUUUGCAUCUCCAGCAAUAAACCUAUUUCUGGAAACUG